AUGGCUUCUUUACUAAUGUCAUCUUCAUUACUAGCCCAUAUCGAAGGAUCUAACUACAGGAGAACCAGGAACGAAGGGUUUUCCUCCCUCUCCGCGCAUUCAAAUAGGAGAAGAGUGCUAAAAGUUAAUGCAUUUACUAAGGAUGAAAAAAUUGUGAAAAAAAAGGAGGAAAAAAAGAGCAUUGGAUCAAGAAGGGAAUGGGCUUUAGCCAUAAUGGCUAUAGUAGCUACAAGUUCAUUUGCAAGUGUUGUUAUGGCUGAGGAACCAAAGGCAGGGACACUUGAGGCAAAGAAAAAGUAUGCACCUAUUUGUGUCACAAUGCCAACUGCUAGAAUAUGUCACAAGUAA